AGCAGAAUGGGCAAACGAUGGUCACUUAGUCGUUAUCCUUGAUGCUCAGCACUGGAUUGCUGAAACGCUCUGAUGAAAGCGUUGAGAGGGCUUUGGAAAGUUGCCAUGGGGUGCUACAGGUUACUAGUAAGUGAACGAGAAAAGGUUGCUUGGUGAGGGUGUCAGGCGCACGAUGUCAAUGUCAGUUAGUUCCCCUACUCGCGUUCUGCGCAGUCUCCUCCUCUUCUUCGUCACGCAGUCCUCCAAGCAAUCAAUAAAAAUCGACAAGCAGGCCAAUCAAAUGGGUUGCUUCGGUUUCGAUAACCAUAACUUGUUCUCGUUCCUGCGUGGCCGUGACGGCACGACGCUCCUUGUAGCAAAGGCGACGCCGCUGCUUCUGGAUGCAGCAACCACCCGCGCUUGUCCUCGCCACUGUCAUUGCCAGUGCCGCGCUUGUUAGGUAGAGUCGCCUGCCGACACUGUUCUCUACAUCUCUUUGGAACACCUGCCGCCGGCUGGGACUGGGCCCACCCUCACC